AUGAAACCACCACAGUUUCAUGGGGGAUUGGAUCCAUUAAAAUCUAAAGCAUGGGUCCUCGGCAUAGAGAAACUAUUUGAGAUAUUUCCUUGUCUAGAAACCCAGAAGGUAUUGCUAGCCACCUUUACUCUUGAAGAUAAGGCAAGAAGAUGGUGGAUGUUAAUGCAUGAAAGCAAUAAAGAUAUUGGUUGGGCACGAUUUUUGGAGAUUUUCUACGACAAAUACUUUCCACAAUGUGUCCGUGAUAGGAAAGUGUCAGAGUUCAUGGGACUUAAGCAAGAUGGCAUGACCCUAGCUGAGUAUGAGGACAAGUUUAUUGAAUUGCCUAGAUUUGCACCACAUACGGUCGAUACCGACUACAAAAAAGUGAGACAUUUUGAAGGAGGGCUUUGA